AUGCGGAAGUUCAAUCACCGCCAAGAAGUCAGCCAUGGUGUAUCUGAGCCCAAUGUUAAGAAGAAUAGCAUUGAUGUUCUAGAAGAGCUGGUCUCGGUCAGCCUCCGAAGAUGUAGUUCUAGACAAGCAGAGCUCAAUGGUGAAAACUCCAAGCUAUACCAUAUCAACAUUCAACCUGUGCAUACACUCAGAACUUUUUGCGACACAACAGAAGCCAUCGCCAACCAACAUAAAACAGACCCAACAAUGCCCAAACGAAAGCGCGGAGAACCCAAUCUGGGAGAGAAGCUGGAGAAGCAUUGCAAUGAUGUUUCCAAGGCACUCAAAGCCGCAAAGGGUCUAGAGCGCCAGCGAUACAGCAAAAGACUUCACGAAGAUGGAGUCGAGUCUGACAAGAAGGAAAGAUUGGAACGAGAGGUGACUGUUCUUAAGUCGCUCGAUCUUCAUCAAACUGCUCGCGCUCACUUGUACUCGUCGAUUCUCAAAGUCAAGGACCUCGCCGCAUCGCCCAACCUUCCCCAAGAGAUCCGCACAGGCGUUCCCAAGCCCGAACUCACACCCGAAGAACAAGCUGCUCUGCAUAAUGUCACCAGCGGACUGUACAACCGCGAACUCGUCAAGCAGGCCGUCACUCGCGCCAUCACCACAUUCUGCGAGGCCCUCAACGUCCCUCUACCCGGAAAGGCGAAGCGUGUGCGAAAGUCCAAGAAAGAAGAGAAAGAAGAGCAGCCGUCCGACAGGAUAGAGGAGGAGCCCAAGCCAGAGGUCAAGAAAGACGUGCGCGCAUCGGUCGAGAAGGAAGAGGAAGAGGCUGGUGCUGAAUCAGAAUUUGAGGGUUUCUCUGAUCAUGAUGAUGAUCCUCCCCAAGAACCUGAGGAUGUUGAUAGCGAGGACGCAGCGGACGAGGAAAAGGCACUGUCAAAAUACGAUCAUUUACUAGGUGGAUCUUCAGAUUCAGAGGACGAAGAUGAUUUCAACCACGAGAGAUACGCGCAAUUCAAGGGUAAAGAGCAGGUUAACCUCGACGAUAUUUCCGACGGUGGCUCAGACGCAGCACUCGGUCUCGGUUCCGGAUCGGAAUCAGAAGAGGAAUCAGACGAAGAAGAGAAACUCUCAAUCUCAGCAUCCCCUUCACCACCUCCAGCCAAGAAAAAGAAGAGCAAGGAAAAGGCAGAAACCGCCAGACCCCGCGCCUCGACUUUCUUACCCACACUCAUGGGCGGUUACAUCUCGGGUUCUGAAUCCGCUUCUGACGUUGACGUCGCGCCUGCCAAGAAGCGUCUCGGCCAAAAACAACGACAGGCCAUCUGGGAGAAGAAAUUCGGCAACAAAGCCAAGCACUUGCAGAAGCCAGCCUGGGAAUCAAAGAACGGUCGCGACGCUGGCUGGGACGGCAAACGUGGUGCCGUGGAGGCUGGAGACGGCCCACGAACACCCUGGAAGAAGGGCAUUCGCAACCCUCUUGCUGCUAAGCAAGGCGGCGCGGAGAGCAGGCCUGAGGUGAAGAGACCGCCACCAAAGAAGGAUGAUGAAGGAGUUCUACAUCCUAGUUGGGCGGCGAGGAAGCAGGCCAAGGACGCAGAAAAGACAGCGGCGUUUGCGGGAUCAAAGAUUACUUUUGACUAG